CGUCAACUAACAUUCUUGCAUAAAACGAUUCUCAUAUUCUCAUACAUAAUCAUCAUUAGGAACGCAUCAUCACCGUCGUUUUUUUCUUGAACCCCCCAUUUUCUACUUUUUUACUUUUUAUGACUCUUCCUUUACAUCCUCAUGUUUGGAACUACAGAGGAUCUUCUUGACCCUUCACUUCAAAUUCCAGCUACAAGCUAAGAAACGAUCAACCGCUUACAUACAGAGGAGAAGGGACAGAAGAAGACCAUGAUUCCUAAGGAGACAAUAAUAACAGAGAUAAAUACGACGACAGCAGAAUGGAUUCCGAGCCAAAUGCGCCAUUGGAGCGAUCUGCAUCACAGCUAUCUACCACCUCGGCUUCGGCAAGGGGUCCCCGAAGCCACUCGACGCGCGCGAAAUCCAAACCAAGGAAAUUAAUCUCACAGCCCUCCAGCUCCGCCUCCUCUGUCGCUACAUCUGACAAGUCUCUUACCUCAUUUCCGUCUUUCUCUCCACAAUCCCCGCGAAACGAACAUUCUUUCGGUACUCUCGAGUCCCAUACACAGACUGUUAAUAUCGAGAAUAAACCCCCGCCGCCACCUGCUGCUCCGGUUUCGAAUAGAUUAUCUAUCGUGGAUAGUCUAACCUCGACGAAAAACUCGAACGAGACGAACAAGACAGCGCGUAACGCACUGUUUGACGAUACACCCGUAGCGACCCAAAAGAUCCCCGGCGCCCUCCACCACGCAGACGACGACCACAUCGAACGAUUAAUCGCGAAACAUGGUGCUGUCAACCUCGUGCGCCAGAUCGCCGAGGACCUGGCGCAUCGUGACCAUGAGAUCGCAAGGUUACGUAGAAGAGCGGAUGAAAGGGAAAGAGCACUAAGGAAGAUUAUACUAGGAUGUGGAUUAUCGAGUCUAGACCUCGAGACGAAACUCCGAUCGGUCGAGGCGGAACUCAAGGCCCAGGAUAAGAUAAAAUGCGCGCUGAGUGGUGAUGUUUCGGGCAUGAUGAGCGAUGCGAUGCAUGAUUCGAUGUCCUAUAAUGCGCUAGGUAUCAACGAGGCGAAUAAUGGUACGGUUCGAGCCAGCGGUUUGUCUGCGCCAAGGGAUAAUUAUACGAAUAAGGGCACCAUGAAAGCUUGGAAGGAAUAUCUAUGGGGUGGAACAAGCAAGAAGACCAGCAGAGCGGGCAGCAUAAACGAAGACAUCGCAAGAACCGUUAUCCGUGCAUCGACACCAGGGGAUCGUCGACCCGCCCUCCAAGAUGACUUGUUCACCCCACCGGAUGUAGAUUCAGUUCAAAGCUCUAGCCGCACUUCGAGCAUCUACUCUGGACACACAACCAAGAAACCAUCCGCUUCAUUCGCGAGUAUGGCGCUACAAUUAGUAGCUGGAAAGGCCUCCUCAGUCCGCGAUUCUGAUUCUGUUAGAGGAAGAUCGAAUUCAGCGGGCCAGGGGGGUUCGGUGAGAUCAUCGUCAAAUGCUAGUACCAAGACAGGGAUUUCGAACCGGGCUGUGUCGUCCACACAGGGGGGUCCGAAGGCACUUAUGUCAAUGCGACGCGGGACUCCGAAGCCUAUAAAUGCGCAAUACCCGCGACCGCGGGAUAGGUGGGAAGGGCCUGGAACAAAUGCGGAUAGUUCGACGGCCGAUAGACCGGAUAACUAUGGACCUGUUGAGAUGGAUACGAUAUUCUCCCCUGAAGGUCAACCCCCGGCUCUGUCGCAACUAUACAAUAACUAUAAUAAUGGAGAGUACUUGAUCGAUCGCUUCGGGUUUAUAUACGAUCAGCGUCGAAAGAAGAGACAACGAGAGGCAAACCAGGUCGCACUACAGAUGAAGAAAGGGCAUGAGAUGCUUUCGGGCGGAAGAUCCAACCUGUCGCCUAACUUACUUGAUAAUGAUGAGUCAGGUUCCAUCCGGACUAUUGAAAACGAUAGCCGACCAGAGAGUCCAACCUCAAUAGAAGGUCCAUCCGACCAAAUCAGACCGAAACGAUGGCAAGAUUAUCUAAAGAUUGCGACUUUCCCGACAGAAUUAUUGUCACAUACUCCGUCUAUUACAGCAUCGGGUAUAGAGGUUCUUGAAGGAAACGAUCAGCCCAAAUCACCAGCACUGGUGAAUCCAGACGAUCGUGGAUUUGUCCCACCCGCAGGUACUACCACAUCAGCUCCGGCCAGGGAAGCGAGUCCAAGACAAGAGGAAGAAUCAGCUAUUGCUACGCUAGUCCACGAGGAUGUUGAGCCAGUGAAACUAUUAUUAAAGCAGCUAAGCGAUGUUCACGAUAACUUACAAAGGGAAAAAUCAAUCCGUUGGAACGAGUUUCUCCGAAAAGUGCGCGCUGAGCGUCGACGCGAAGGUGAGGCCGCAGCCGCUAAUGCCGCUGCGGCCGCCGAAGCCCGAUUCCAAAUCGCACCCGUCAUGAUCCCCGAAGCGAAACUCACCGACGGCGAAACCAUCGGUAUCGCAGACCUAGGAGUAAAAGGAAAAGUCGGUCGCGCGAAAUGGAACGAGUUCCGGAACUUAGUACUCGGCGGUAUCCCCGUAGUAAACCGACCCAAGAUCUGGGCGGAAUGCUCCGGCGCACUUUCUAAGCGAACCCCUGGUUACUACAAGGAUCUUGUAUCGCGACCUAGCGAAGCUGAUGAUGCGAUUGUGAUUUCACAGAUCGAGAUGGAUAUUAAUCGCACGCUUACUGAUAAUAUUUUCUUCCGGAAGGGUCCUGGUGUUGCUAAGCUGAAUGAAGUCCUUCGGGCGUAUGCUAGACACAACCCUGAAGUUGGAUAUUGUCAGGGCAUGAACUUGAUCGCGGCAAAUUUAUUACUCAUUAUGCCAUCCGCCGAAGAUGCAUUUUGGGUGUUUGUGUCGAUUAUUGAGCGCAUCUUACCUGCGGGAUACUACGACCACAGUCUCAUGGCAUCUCGCGCGGACCAGCACGUUCUACGACAAUACGUCAGCGAAGUACUUCCGAAGCUAUCGCAACACCUAGAUAUGCUCAGUAUCGAACUCGAGGCCUUAACAUUCCAAUGGUUCCUCAGCGUCUUUACUGAUUGUCUAUCAGCCGAGGCUCUAUUCCGCGUAUGGGACGUAGUUCUCUGCAUCAACGACGGCAGUACAUUCCUCUUCCAAGUCGCACUAGCCCUACUCAAACUCAACGAGCGUCAACUCCUCUUAUGCGAUACGCCCGCUGCGAUAUACACCUACAUCAACCACCAAAUGACCAACCACGCCAUCAGCAUCGACGGCUUAAUCCAAGCAUCCGAAGGUCUUCGACGAGUUGUCCGACGCGAAGAUGUAGAAGAACGACGGAAUAGAGCAAUCGAAGCAGAUAGGCAAUCAAUGAGAGAACGCGAGGAAAGAGGUGCUUUAAGACGUGCGCAGAGUCAAAAUCAAAGCCAGGGUCUAGUGCAGAGUCAGAGUCAGAAGAGUUUAUUAUCGCCUGCGGUGAUCACGGAGACAAGUGUAUCCGCGUUACCUAGUCCGGCGGCUGGGCCGAUAAUCAGGCAGGAUAGUGUCACUGGUUUGAGUGCCUUGGAUGCUACUGGUGGAGAAGAAGGGCAGGAACACAAUGCGAGUAUUUUGAGCAUACGCCCGCCUAUGCCGAUGGAGGAGGAAGCGGCAUUUGGGUUGGGAUGAAAGAUGAUUGGGUGAUAAACUAGUGGUCUUAUACGUAUGGAAAGGGGGAGAUACCCAAUGUGGAACGCAAGCCCCUUCUAUAUCGUUAGAAGAUGAAGAGGGUGGUACAAUACAAGUCAGAAGAGGACAGACAGUUGCAAGGAACAAACAAAAAAACAAGCAUAAUAUUCAUACUGGAUACACAUGUGAUGGUUGUUGUGAUGGUGAUGGUGACAGCAAUGGUUGGCUUCUUGUCUUUUGCAUUCUUUUUCAAAAGCGGGAUAGUUCUCGCUUCACUCUCCUUUGGUGCUUUCUAUUUUGUUUGGUGUUUUUUAGAGAUUGGUCCAUACAUGCAUGUCAUGAUACCCCCUUCCUAGUACAUUUAUUAUAUCAUUUUUACUCACUAUAAAAUUCUAGAAUAAGAGAGGCUCUAAAGAAACAAUCGGAAUACACUGGGGUGGAGCAGUGGUAUAAAGAUAAAAGCAUAAUGCUCAUAGAAUAUAAAUCUCGACACGAAUAUUAUUACAAU